ACGUGGAACUCCUAGGGUUCUGUCCCUGGUUUUAAUGUCUAUGGUUCUGUCCCGCGUGGUGACUUGCUGGAACUAACCAGACUGGGAGCGACACUCAAAUCUCAACCGCCGCCGAUUUGUGUUUACUAAACCGGUGUAAAAAAAAUAACCAUAAAUAUUUUGAUGCGCUAGUUAGCUAGAGAAAUCACAUUAGUUCACUGUUUAGCCCUGUUAAGGGCCAACUUGUAGCACAUCAUUUUGAAUAAUAACGUUACCAUCAGAAACACAGAUUUUCGGAAGAGCCAAGAUGUCUGGGGAACUAGAACAGAUUCUCUUACAACUUACGCAGCCUGACAAUGCGAUUAUUCAGCAGGCCACCGCCCAGUUGAAGCUGGCUUUUAAAGACCCAGCCAUAAUCCCAGCGUUGUGUGCUGUCAUGACUGGGUCCCAGAACCCACAGAUCCGCCAGUCAGCUGCAGUGAUGUUGCGGAUGAGAGUAAAGAAGCAUUGGAAGAAGAUUAGCCUUGAUCACAGAGAGAGUCUGAAAGCAGUGGUACUACAAGCUUUUCAGCAGGAGACAGAACACACAGUGCGCCACUCCCUCUCACAGCUCAGUGCAGUGAUGGUCAAACACGAGACGCCAGACCGCUGGCCUGCUCUAUUCACACUCCUCAACCAGUCCACCAAGAGCAACAACCCAACGGACAGACAGGUGGGUCUACUCUUGCUCAGCAAAGUGGUGGAGUCCAACCCAGAGCCCUUCAAGCCCCAUUACCGCCAACUGCUGCAGCUGUUUGGCACUGUGCUGCAAGACCUGGACAACCCCACAGCUAUGUACUACUGCAUCCUCACCCUCACUGCUAUGACUGCCUACACUGGCACAGAGGAGAUGAACCUCAUGCGUGCCCUCAUCCCAAGACUGAUCAUUGCGCUCAAACAUCUAAUCAAGGCAGACCAAGGUCAGGCCAGUGAUGCCAUGGAGGUGUUUGAUGAGCUGAUGGAGAGUGAGGUGUCCAUCAUUGUGCCACACAUUGCUGAAAUUGUCCAUUUCUGCUUGGAGGUCAGUGCAGACACCACCCUGACUGACUCCCUGCGUGUAAAGGCUCUUUCCUGCAUCGCUUUUCUCAUCCGACUCAAGAGCAAGACGGUGCUAAAGCAGAAGCUGCUGAAUCCCAUCCUGCAGACAGUGUUCCCUGUGCUGAGUGCAGCGCCCCCACCUGGGGAGGAGGACCCAGAGGAUGAGGAAAAUGGCGACGAGGGCGACACCGACAACGAGAGUCCUAAACACUUUGCUGCUCAGGUUAUUGACACCAUGGCUCUUCACAUGCCCCCUGAGAAACUAUUCCAGCAGUUGAUGCCCCUGACCCAGGUGUGCCUGGCCAGUGAGAACCCCUAUGAGAGGAAGGCAGGCUUGAUGUGUAUGGCAGUGCUGGCUGAGGGCUGUGCCGACCACAUACGGACCAAGUUGCUGUCCUCAAUGCUGCAGACGGUGUGCCAGAGUCUGUCAGACAAUAACCAGGUAGUCCGCAGUGCCGGCCUCUUUGCCCUGGGACAGUUCUCAGAGCACCUGCAGCCCGAGGUCAGUAAGUACUGUGCCGAGCUGAUGCCACUUUUGCUGGGCUACAUGUCGGCUUUGAACCAGGCCAAGAUCGGACACAUCACCAAGGCCUUCUACGCCCUGGAGAACUUCAUGGAAAACCUGGGUCCGGAGAUUGAGCCCUACCUGCCCACCCUGAUGGAGACCAUGUUGUCUGCCCUCAGCAAUGCAGAGAACCUGAAGCUAAAAGAGCUGGCUGUCAGUGCCAUAGGAGCUAUAGCCAAUGCAGCCAAAGAGAAGCUAGUUCCUUACUUCCCACCUGUUAUUGAGAGCCUGAAGGGCUUCCUCACUGACACAAGGGAUGAGAUGAGGGCUCUGCAAACACAGGCUCUAGAUACUCUGUCAGUGCUGGCCCGCACCAUAGGCAAGGAUGUGUUCAGCCCCCUGGCUGCAGAGUGUGUUCAGCUGGGACUCAACCUCACCAACGCCAUCGACGACCCCGACCUGCGGCGCUGCACGUACAGCCUGUUCUCGGCUGUGUCCACAGUGAGUCCAGACUGUCUGAGCCCCCACCUCACAGCUAUCACCACCAUCAUGCUGUUGUCCCUCAAGUCCACAGAGGGAGUCACGGCUCACCUUGAGGAGGACAAGACUUUUGUCCUGCUGGACGACGACGAUGAUGAUGACGACGCCGAGGGAGAUGCCAUUUUGGAUGACGAGGGGGCCGACACCGUGGACCCAGACACAGCCGGGUUCAGUGUGGAAAACGCCUACAUUGACGAGAAGGAGGACGCCUGUGAUGCUCUGGGAGAGAUUGCCUUCAACACCGGUGCCGCCUUCCAGCCCUUCCUGGAGUCCAGUUUUCAGCAGGUCUAUGAGCUGCGUGAUUUCCCCCACGAGGACGUACGCAGGGCUGCCUUCGGGGCCAUGGGCCAGUUCUGCCGAGCUCAACAUAAAGUGUGGCAGGAGAAUCCCACUGAGGCCAACCACCAGGCCAUGCAGAAGCUGCUGGGGGUGGUGCUUCCCAGCUUCUUGGAGGCGGUGCGCGGUGAGCGUGAGCGCCAGGUGGUGAUGGGUGUGCUGGAGGCCAUGAACGCCGUGCUGAAGGCCUGCCAGGGGGAAGCACUGCAGAGCCCCGGGCGCCUGCAGGAGAUCAGUCAGGCCAUCCGAGAUGUGCUCAAGAAGAGGACUGUCUGUCAGGACGGAGGAGGAGAUGAGGCAGAUGAUGACGAACAGCAGGCGGAGUAUGAUGCCAUGCUCCAGGAGUUUGCAGGUGAGGGGAUUCCUCUGCUGGCCUCCGCCGUACCAGCGGACACCUUCCAGCCCCAUCUCAACGAGCUGCUGCCCCUCAUCAUGAACAAGGCUAAAUCAUCGUGCACGGUGGCUGACCGUUCCUUCUCCGUGGGCACGCUCGGAGAGAUCCUGCAAUCCCUGGUCAGUGUGUCCGGGGGAAGAGCCUGUGCUGGUAAACUGUCCAAUCGGCUGCUGCCUGUGCUGGUGGCCGGGGUGAGAGACAGUGAUAGCGAGGUUCGCAACAACAGCGUGUUUGGACUGGGAGCUCUGGCCCAGGCUGCUGGACCACUCGUCGCUCAAGACUACCCCAUGAUGCUGUCCCUCUUCUCCAACCUGCUGUCCAAAGAACAGGACAGGAGGGUGAUUGACAAUCUGUGCGCUGCACUCUGCAGGAUGAUCAUGAGCCACAUGGAGGGUGUCCCUCUGGAACAGGUGUUCCCUGCCCUCCUGGCCUGCCUCCCUCUGAAGGAGGACAUGGAGGAGAAUAAGACUGUGUACAGCUGCCUGGCCAUGCUCUACUCACAGAACCCUGCAAUGGUGGUGAGUCAAAUUAAGCCAAUAGUAUCUGCUUCCAGCCACGUCCUGGGAACGAAGGACCUUGAUCCAGAAACCCAGAACACCCUGGUCAUGCUGCUCCGAGACGUCGCUCAGCGCCACUCCCAGAAAUUUGAGGGUGCCGUGAGGUCACUUCCUGCCGAGCAAAAGAUUAAGCUGACUGCGGCCGUCAGCCAAUCGUAACACACCACACCAAGCAACUAUUUCAUUCUCCAGUGAAAGCCAGUGAAAUUUAUUUUUUAUUUUUUACUAGAUGAAAAAUGGGACAGUAGUUGGGUCAUUCAAAUUUGCUAAACUCUGGCACUUGAACCAUUCUACUAUUGGUAGUAUUAUAAUUUUUCAGAGGUUGUACCCAGUAUUAACAUUUUUAUUUAUAUUGCCUGUUUUUAUUAUUUUAAUGAUUUCAUUUUGUGUGCGUCACCUGUUUUUUUUGUCACUUGUUACCCUUGUUGUACCUGAGAGCCUCUUAUCUAUUUGCUGUUGUCCCCCUUUUGCCACAAAUUUGAUUAACUUCUGGCUGGGCUAGUUGAGUAUGAAGCAAUGAACUGAACUCAUGAUAAAUGCCUUUUUUGCAGA